GCGCCCGUGCCUGCGUGCGGUCUCCCGGGCUCAGCGGCGGGGCCCGGGGCUGCGGACGCCGGCGCACAGGCCAUGGCUUCCCCCGGGCUGCCCCCGGCCCCCGCCGAGGACUCCCCCUGGCCUCUGCGCCUGCUGCACGCGCCCCCGGGGCUGCUGCGGCUGGACCCCACGGGCGGCGCGCUGCUGCUGCUCGUCCUCGCCGCGCUGCUGGGCUGGAGCUGGCUGCGGCGGCGCCCGGAGCGGGGCAUCCCCCCGGGGCCCGCGCCCUGGCCGGUGGUGGGCAACUUCGGCUUCGUGCUGCUGCCGUCUUUCCUCCGACGAAAGAGCUGGCCGUACCGCCGGGCAAGGCCCGGAGAACUGAAUACGUCGGGCCUGGGCGUGCAGCUGCUCCUGGCGGACCUGGCCGGCGUGUACGGCAACAUCUACAGCUUCUUCAUCGGCCACUACCUGGUGGUGGUCCUCAACGACUUCCACAGCGUGCGCGAGGCGCUGGUGCAGCAGGCCGAGGUCUUCAGCGACCGCCCGCGGAUGCCGCUCAGCUACAUCCUGACCAAGGGGAAGGGUGAGCUGGGCCGCGGCCGCGGGAGCCUUGAGGGUCACGGGCCGUGGGAACGCGCGGCUGGGGCUGCAGGGAUUGUAUUCGCACAUUAUGGUCCAGUCUGGAGACAACAGAGGAAGUUCUCUCAUUCAACGCUUCGUCAUUUUGGCUUGGGAAAGCUUAGCUUGGAGCCCAAGAUUAUUGAGGAGUUCAAAUAUGUGAAAGAGGAAAUGCAGAAGCACGGAGAAGCCCCCUUCAAUCCUUUCCCCAUUGUCAACAAUGCCGUCUCUAACAUCAUUUGCUCUUUGUGCUUUGGCCAGCGCUUUGAUUACACCAAUAGUGAGUUUAAGAAAAUGCUUAAUUUUAUGUCACGAGCAUUAGAAAUCUGUCUGAACACCCAGCUCCUCCUGGUCAACAUAUGCUCCUGGCUUUAUUACCUUCCUUUUGGACCAUUUAAGGAAUUAAGACAGAUUGAAAAGGAUUUAACCAUUUUCCUUAAAAAAAUCAUCAAGGACCAUCGAGAGUCUCUGGAUGUAGAGAACCCUCAGGACUUCAUAGACAUGUAUCUUCUCCAUGUGGAGGAGGAGAGGAAAAAUAAUAGCAACAGUAGUUUUGAUGAAGAUUACUUAUUUUAUAUCAUUGGAGAUCUCUUCAUUGCUGGCACUGAUACCACAACUAACUCUUUGCUUUGGUGCCUCCUGUAUAUGUCACUGAACCCCGACAUACAAGAAAAGGUUCAUGAAGAAAUUGAAAGGGUCAUUGGUGGUGACCGCGCCCCGUCCGUCACUGACAAGGCCCGGAUGCCCUACACGGAGGCCACCAUCAUGGAGGUCCAGAGGCUGAGCGUGGUGGUGCCGCUCUCCAUCCCUCACAUGACCUCAGAGAAAACAGUGCUCCAAGGGUAUACCAUUCCUAAAGACACAAUAAUAUUACCCAACUUGUGGUCAGUACACAGAGACCCAGCCAUUUGGGAGAAACCAAAUGAUUUCUACCCUAAUCGAUUUCUGGAUGAUCAAGGACAACUUAUUAAAAAAGAAACAUUUAUUCCUUUUGGGAUCGGGAAGCGGGUGUGUAUGGGAGAGCAGCUGGCAAAGAUGGAAUUAUUCCUGGUGUUCGUCAGCCUAAUGCAGAGCUUCACGUUUGCUUUACCUAAGGACUCGAAGCCGAUCCUGACUGGGAAAUACGGUCUAACUUUAGCUCCACAUCCGUUUAACAUAAUCAUUUCAAAGAGAUAAAGGACAUCUCCACGAAGAGACGGUGCAGAGAAUGUAAAUGCACGUCCUUCUAAACAGAUUCUUCCUUCUGUGAUUGACGGCAGAUCCAGCGACUCUGCAGAUCUGGGUUAGGCUCUGCUUAGAGGGAGACUGGAAGGAGCGUAGAACACGUGGGACCUUUCGUCUUGGAGUGUUCCUGCAGGAAACUUCCGCCAUUUUAGUAAUGCAUGUGACUUGGGGGUUGGUGACCAAAGUACUGGACUGGGAAGCAGAGGAUCCGGAUUUUUUUCCCAGAGGCCUCCACCAAUGAGCAUUUCUUCUCAUCUCUCAGUGCCUCAGUCAUUCCAUGUGGAAAAUGAUGAUAACAGAGCUUGCCUUCUCUCUCUGUCUUGGCACGAAUGAAGGUCAAAUGCUCCAUGUUUUCUGACAUCACCAAAACACUGUUAAGCUCUGGAGAACAAAUUCAGGAGGAGAAGGAAGACCUACCUGUUUAAGACCCUUGACAACACAAAAGUGAUGUUCAGAUUUGAAUACUUCAGAGAAGGACGUGGGUUUAGAUGACAAUGAAUUAGAGCUUUUCUUGAUGCAGAGCUUAUGUCAGUUUUGGAGGGCUCCUUUGGUUAUCAUCUUUUUGCUUAUGAUUUUAGUUUUUACUUCUUGUAGACGUGGGAUGAAGCAGACCCUUGUUCAGUAUGUUGAAGAAAGGUUAUUAUCUGAAUGUAUACAUCUGCCUUCUAUUUCAACUACAUGAACAGUGAGCCUGGCUGAAGAAGUGACUUCAUGGCAGAAUUCCUUUCUGCUGUGUUUACUCACAGGGAUGUAGCUCUAGCUUUUGACUUGAGCCCUGAAUAGUGAGCUCUGGAAUUUUAAUACUGGGAUUUAUGAGGAGAGGAUUCAAAGUGUACUGAACAUUCCUUCCCUGUUCUUCCUGCCACCAGGCCACCAUCCUUGAAGACUCGCAAAGACAAGAAGACAUUCUUACUCUUUUUAAGAUACCUAACUUGUUUCUUAAUAAAUAAACUCCCUCUAAAAGAGCAGUUCUCAAAAAAGGUAAUGACCUCUUUCAGGGGGUAUUUGGAAAUAUGUGGGUGUAUUUUUGGUUAUCACAAUGAUGGGGGUGCUACUGGCAUUUUUGUUGCCAUGAGGCCAAGAUACUAAAUGUCUGAGCAGUCCUAGACAAUGAAGAACUGACCUGCCCAAAGAGAACGUGCUCAAAAAGUGGCUAGCCCUUUCCUUUAUUCUCCCAUUAUACGCCUUAUAUAGAAGGAAUCAUGAUAAUAACAUGAGCAGCUGUACUUUUGAGCCUUUCAUGCUGGCAGCAUACUUUGUGCUUUACUUGUAUGCUUACAUAAUUCUUACAGAAUGUUUAGUAAGAGGAUGCCGUUUUGUAGCUGAAGAAGCUCAGGCUUAGAGAAGUUAAGGCCUGCAUGUAGUUAAAAAGUACCACUGUACAUUUCAAAUCUACUAGUCUUUGUAACUCGAGAGUUCUUCCUGUACCACUUCUCUGUACUUCCACCACCUGAUCUCAUAGCAGUCUGCCCCUCUGCAUUUUCAAUGUGGAUAAAUGAAAUACAGGCCAAUCUUUUGGUGCCUUGAGGAUUCUUGUAAUUAGAAAAGAAAAGCUAAUAAACAAAAUGCCUAGGCACUGUGCGUGAGUGGAGAGGUUGUUACAGAGACUUUAGAUGGAUGUCGUGUGUGUGGAUUUCCCUGCACCAUGAGCAGGGCAGUUUGUUCUGCUCUGGAAUUUCAUAUGCUUUGGAAUUGCACUCACAACUUUGCGUUAGCAAGUUUAUUACUCCUCCAUUUAUACGUGCAUUUUCAGUACCCCCUAACCAAACCGUCUGAGAGAAAAAACUCUUCUGUGAGAUUAUGUUGGAAUCAGAUGUUUGUUAAACUUUAAAACAUAAUGCCUUAAACUGUAGCACUUUAAAAACAUCUGUUUAUGGCAGAUCACUGAAAGGACCGUUAAUGCUUUCCUUGCACAUGUUGAUAUUUUAUGAUUUUGUAUCUUAUGAUUUAUUUGAAGUGUAAAAAUAACAGUACUUUGUUUUGUAAGUCUGCCUAAUAUCUACUUUUUAGUCCUCAUCGUUAGCAUAAUUCUUGAUGCUUUUAUUAAACUUUUAAUUUUAACUGAGACAAUGUCAUGCCUGGUUUGGGGGGUUUUAUUUUCUUUUGAUUGCUAAACAAAAUUCUCUUUCACAAGAGGUCAGUUUAGGAAAUGGCAGAGGGAAUAGACCUCCAAAAAGAGAGAGAUGGCCACAUGAUCUCUAGACAGGAGGAUGAUUCUUUUAAAAUAUCCUCUCAGAGCACAUUUACUCUCAGGACUGUAUCACAGCCCACGCUUCUUCCUUCCCAUGUCCAAGUCCAGCAUUAUUUGAGGGAGGGAUGAAUCUACACAAGCUCGUGGCAAAAUAUCAAGCAUUGUCUUUAUUAUACUUCUUAGCUCAGGAAGAAGAGUUUUUUUUUAAAUACCCUAACCUGUGGAUUUUUCCUAUAGAUGAGCCCACUGCCCGCUUUUUCCGUGGCCCAGUCUUCCUCCUGCGGGUCACAGCACAGAGGUCACCUCCUCAGGGACGGCUUCCACUACAGCCCUAUCUAAUGGGGGCUUUCCCAAGAACUCCCUGCUAUAGAUAAUGCGUGUGUCCCCCCAGAAUUCAUUCAUUGAAACCUGUUCCCAAUGUGAGAGUAUUUGGAGGUGGGACCUUUUGGAAGUGAUUGUGUCAUGACAGUGGAGCCCUCGUGCAUGGGAUUAGGGUCCUUAUAAGAGCCCAGAAACAGAUGAUUGAACUUGGUGUACCC